CAACAUUGCUGGCCUAGUACAAGUAGCCCAUCUUUCCUUCGGCCCAAAUUAUUAUUUCUAUUUUCUUGUACUAAAUUAUUUGUAAACCCAAAUUCUCACUUCAAUUGAAAAGCAUCGUCGUCCUUCAGGUACUAAUCUCUCUCCUCUUUUUACUGGUUAAUUUGGUUCGUUGAUUUAUGUAUGUUUAUGCGCCGUAUUGAUUUGGGAUCGGUUAAUUCUCUGUGCUUGAGCGAGAUUUUGGCGAAGACGACGUGAAAGAGUGGAUAUUUUUUACGAUUUAUUAUUAUAAACAAAUAACAAUCUUUGUUUUGGGUUGAGCUGCCGGAAGGAUUAAUCAAAUCGGAGUAAAAAACACAGAUUUGGGCUUGGCCUUGAGAUUAUGGAUAAUAGCUGGUAUAGUGGUAAACAGGAGAUGCACUACAAGAAGCAACUGAAAGGCAAUGAGGACCUUGCCGAAGAUUUUCGUUUACCAAUUGAUCACAGGGUGACAGAGAACGUUGAUUUGGAUUAUGUCGAGCAGGCAUCUCUAGACACGCAGCUGACCUCGUCAAAUGUUGGGUUUAGGCUACUUCAGAAAAUGGGAUGGAAAGGAAAGGGACUCGGAAAGGAGGAACAAGGUAUUAUCGAGCCGAUAAAAUCAGGUAUAAGGGAUGCAAGAUUAGGCCUUGGCAAACAAGAGGAAGAUGAUUAUUUUACAGCAGAAGAAAAUAUUCAACGUAGAAAGCUAGACAUAGAAGUUGAGGAGACCGAGGAACUUGCCAAAAAGAGAGAGGUUAUAGCAGAACGCGAGCAGAGGAUCCAGAGUGAUGUGAAAGAAAUACGUAAGGUCUUCUUUUGCGAGCUGUGCAACAAGCAAUAUAAGCUGGCCAUGGAGUUUGAGGCCCACCUCAGCUCCUAUGAUCAUAACCACAGAAAGAGAUUCAAACAAAUGAGAGAUACGCAUGGGAGCAGCAGUCGUGAUGAUAGGCAGAAAAGGGAGCAACAACGUCAAGAAAAGGAGAUGGCAAAGUUUAAGCAGAUGGCCGACGUGCAUAAGCAGCAGCAAAUACAGACUCGGGAUGAAAGUGGGCCCACUGCCUCUCCUUCCGCAACAAGUGGCGCUACUGCAGUUGCCGACCAGGAUCAAAGAAAAGUUUUAAAAUUUGGAUUUUCCUCUAAAGGCAGUACCCUUAAGAGCUCUACUAAUACAGCCUCAAAGAAGCCGAAAGCUACUAUUGCCUCAGUUUUUAACAAUGAGAGUGAUGAAGAAUAGAGAGGUCAAUAAUAAAUGAAGCAAGGAUAUUUACUUGGUGGUGGUCCAUGUUCUUUUGGAGGUUGGUAAGUAGAGAUCAUCAAUAGUUACACCUCAGUUUGUAAUGGGCUCUUC